UCCCGCCAAACCUAAAACCCUAAUUCCUGUGCCUUUAUAGUUGAGUUGCGUUUCAGUGCUCUAGCAUACCUUGCCUUCUCAACCUACUACGUGGCCAAAACCCCAUCACGCCACCAAGCAGCGCCUCCCCAUGGAUCCCAAAGCGGUGAAAUCAGACCUGGUUUUGAUUUUAGACUAUGGCUCCCAAUAUACUCAUCUCAUCACUCGCCGAAUCCGAAGCCUCUCCGUUUUCUCUCUCUGCAUCUCCGGCACUUCGCCUCUCAAAUCCAUAAUCGACCUCAAGCCUAGCGUCGUUAUUCUUUCUGGGGGCCCCCACUCCGUCCACACCCCGGACUCCCCAAGUUUUCCUGAUGGUUUUAUUGAAUGGGCUGAGUCAAAUGGCGUGUUUGUGCUUGGCAUUUGUUAUGGACUCCAGUUAUUAGUGCAGAGGCUGGGCGGGGAGGUGAAGAUUGGGUUUAAACAAGAGUAUGGGAGGAUGGAAAUUCAUGUAGAGAAGCCUUCUGGGCUUUUCGGGUCGAACAACGUUGGGUCUAAACAGCUCGUCUGGAUGAGCCAUGGUGACGAGGCUUCAAAGUUGCCUGAUGGGUUUGAGGCGGUGGCAAGGAGCGAGCAAGGGUCUGUAGCGGCCAUACAGAACCCAUCAAGGAAGUUUUACGGCCUCCAGUAUCACCCUGAGGUGACGCAUACGCCUCAAGGAAUGGAAACUUUGCGGUACUUUCUAUUUGAGGUCUGUAAAGUUGCCGCGGGCUGGAAGAUGGAAAAUGUGUUGGAUGAAGAAAUAAAAGUUAUCAAAGAUAAAGUGGGGCCUCAAGAGCAUGUCAUUUGUGCGUUGUCAGGGGGUGUGGAUUCCACCGUCGCUGCUACUAUUGUCCAUAAAGCAAUUGGAGACAGGCUUCAUUGUGUCUUUGUCGACAAUGGUUUGCUUAGGUAUAAAGAGAGAGAGCGAGUGGUGGAAACUUUUGAAAAGGACCUUCAUUUGCCAGUUACAUGCAUUGAUGCUGCAGAUCAGUUUCUUACUAGUUUGAAAGGUGUAACAGAUCCUGAGAUGAAGAGGAAAAUUAUUGGAAAAGAGUUUAUCUGUAUAUUCGAUUCUUUUGCGCAAGAUUUAGAGCUUAAACUUGGAAGCAAACCAUCUUACUUGGUGCAAGGAACUCUGUAUCCGGAUGUCAUUGAAUCUUGUCCACCACCUGGUAGCGGAAGAAAUCACUCCCAUACUAUUAAGAGUCAUCAUAAUGUUGGAGGGCUUCCCAAGGACAUGAAAUUGAAGCUUAUUGAACCACUCAAACUUCUAUUCAAGGAUGAGGUUCGUCAAUUAGGGAGAAUCUUGGAUGUUCCCGAGGCAUUUUUGAAACGCCAUCCAUUCCCUGGACCCGGUCUUGCUGUACGAGUCUUGGGUGAUGUAACUGAAGGCAAUGCCUUGGACAUCCUCCGUCAGGUUGAUGAGAUUUUCAUUCAAUCAAUCAAGGAUGCUGGACUUUAUGAUUCAAUUUGGCAAGCGUUUGCAGUUUUCUUGCCAGUCAGAUCUGUUGGAGUUCAGGGUGAUCAAAGAACACAUUCCCAUGUCGUUGCUCUUAGAGCUGUUACGAGUCAAGAUGGAAUGACGGCAGACUGGUAUUACUUUGAGCACAAGUUCCUCGAUGAUGUUGCAAGGAAGAUUUGUAACAAUGUCCGUGGUGUAAACCGUGUUGUGCAAGACAUUACGUCAAAGCCUCCAUCUACUAUUGAAUGGGAAUGAUGCCCCCAUUGCCCUUUCUUCUCAGCAUAAAGUGGUAAUUUCUUGUAUUUGUAUAUUCCCGAAGGGGACUGACGCUAUUCUAUUUAUCCUGCCCUCCGUUUACAGCUUGGAAGAUAAGUGAUUCAAGCCGAGCUGGAAAAUUUUGAAUUGACUGACAUGAUUUUUUAGAUGUAAUAGCAUUAUUAAUAGAGGAUUACAACCAAUGGGAAUUGAUAUUUUCACAUGAAUGGAUUUGGAUUUA